AAAAACGAGCCAAUGGCACGCACACACUUCCCAUAAUAAGUUUUUUUCUUGACUGGGCGGUGACGGUGACUGCCUCCAACUUUGCUCCGGGAUGCUCUUCAAACGCUGGCAACUUUGACGCUGAACGGAGUGGAGGAGAACCUAGCGCUCGCGCACGGACCGACGUUUAUUAUAAUAUAUACAUAUAUAUAUAUAUAUUUUAUUAUUAUUAUUAUUUAUUUGUUUUGUUUUCCGAUACCGACGCAUGAGGCAAGGUAUGAGCACGGAGCUCCGCGAAGACGCCGCGUGCUCUGCUCAGCGCGCCGCGAGUUUGCCGUUCAGCGUGGACGCGCUCAUGGCUCGCGCAGGAAGCAGGGCUCCCGCGGAAGCGCCUCGCUACGGCACCGGGCGCUCGAGCUCGACGCUCAUGUACGGGCCGCCUGCACCAGAGGACUGUGUCCCGUCGUCUCCCGUCAAGUCGGAAGCGUCGGAUCGAGACGAGGCAACCUGGCCCAAGUCUUCGUGCUCACCGCAACCACGACACUUGGUUCCGAACACAUGUUCUCUCAGAAAGCACAAGACGAACCGUAAGCCUCGCACUCCGUUCACGACAGCUCAGCUCCUGGCGUUGGAGCGCAAGUUCCGUCAGAAGCAGUACCUCUCCAUCGCUGAGCGUGCAGAGUUCUCCAGCUCCCUCUGCCUGACUGAAACUCAGGUAAAGAUCUGGUUCCAGAACAGACGGGCCAAAGCCAAGCGACUGCAGGAGGCCGAGAUCGAGAAGCUCAAAAUGGCGGCCAAACCCUCGACGCAUUCAGGCCUCUCUUUCCCAUUUCCUCUCAACAGUCAGCCACAGGGAGCAGCAGCGCUCCUUUAUGGACAAUCAGGACACUUUCCUUUCCGCAGAUACAUGCUCCCUAUGCCUCCACUUGGGAUUUACUCUACACCUUUGGCCUAUAGCAUGUACCAUUUGUCCUGAGAGGCAAAAAGGAUCUUUUUCAUCCAAACUGAAGACUAUUUGUUGGUGCCUAAACAUCUUUGCCCAGUGGGCUGAUAUGUAAUCUAAAUAGUGGCCAAAACAACAAAAAUGGCUAAAAGGCCUGAGUGUUUUGUUUUGUUUGUUUGUUUGUUUCGGCAUAGUAGUAGCCUUAUAAAAGUUUUGAAAAAGAUCCCAAGAGCCCCUCAAAACAAAGCAAAAAUUCCUUACAGAUACAGUUUGGGAGAGUCUACAUGUCUACAUGCACCUUAUCAUAAAGACUAUGCAGGUUCAGAUGCUGGAUAUACUGAACGAAUUAACUGAUCUAGGUAGGUUAAAGACUAAAAUUAACAAAAAAAAAAACCCUUUUUGUUUUGGGGGCGAUGAUUCAAGGAGUGUAAAGGAAACCUGGACUCUUAUAUCAGACAUACAGUACUGUAGGAAAUCAGUAUUUUACAUUUUAUAGAGAACAAAUUCUAAAAUCAAAACAAGGAUCAAGUGCUUAUUUUGUACAAUUUUUUUUCUCAGUCAAAGGAAAAGCAAACUUACCAAACCAAAUAUGUUGAUUACACGAGCUCUAUAUAUCCUCUAUGAGUUCGUGUAGUGGUCAAAUGAUUAUAUUUAUAUGAGGAACAAAUGUACCAUAUUAUGUUUUUUAUAAUAACGUUGUUGCUUUUCAUUAAAUGAAACUUUCGGAUGGAACUUUCGGUGCAAUUAUAUGGAGCAGAAGCCUGAGGUCACAGGCUGUUACAGGCGAAUAUAAAAGAAAAGAAAGGAAUAAUUAAAAAGAAAACACACACACACACACACCUUUAUAGAAAACUGUAUUUUAAUUAUGAAUUAUUUCAUUAGGGUUGAUGAUGCAGUAUUUGAGAAUGUGAGAUAAGCUCAACCCCAAAGGCUGCAGGGUUGCUAAUGCUUUUUAAAUUGAGCUGCUGAAAAGGGGCUUUUAGGCAUUCAUGCUCAUAAUCUUUUGAAAUGUUGAGGUCGAUCUGUAUGGCUCUCUUUUUUCGUCCUGGUGGUCUUGAGAAAAGUUAAUUAAACGGUGUCAUUACAUGACGCACUGAAACACUAGGUCUCUCCCAAGCUGGUUAAACUCCUUCUGUGUAUCAGCACAGGAAUGUGGCUCCCUAUUGAGUCUGACAUGUUGAACCUUUCCAUCUAUUGUCAACACUAUAGCACCUAAUUUACUGCCUACACCCUGCCCUACACCCUGGCUGUUAUUAAGUAUGAAUUAAAACUAAUAGUUUAAUGACAGUUUUGUAUUCAAAUUAAUCAAAACUGUUCCAGGGCUUGUAGGCAAAUUUCAGGAGGUAUUUAAGUUCAGAAGAUUUUGCAUGUAUUUUGGGAGUGCCCUCUUAGUUCCUGGCAGCAUGGGUGUGAUAAUAUGUUUCUAAGGAACCUGUAAUUGUUGUGGAUUUUUAAAGGUGCUUUGAAUGUUUUAAACAAAUAAUUUGAUAGAUUACUGAAAGGUAAAAGUGUAGCUUUUCCAAAGUGAAACAGAAAUCAUGAGGCAUUUUCCUUCAUAUUAUUUAUAGAAUAUUAUUCCUUUCUGUGCUAGCGAGUAAAUGUUGAAGUAGUGAAAAGUCCAAACAUGUUUAACAGCACGAAAAAGUUUUUAAUGGAGGACUAUGGAAGAAGUAGAAACUAAGUGACUGACACUGAUUAAACCUGCACAUCAUGAUGUGUUUUUUUUUUUUUGUGCGAUUUUGCGCUUAGUUUCUUAUAAUAUGAAUGCCUUACUUAAAUCAUUCAGUAUUUUUAUAUGAUAAGUGUUUAAAUUUGGUCUCUAUUCACUAAGAAUAACCUAAAAUCCGAAAAUCACUAAAGUAAACGGAGAAAUGUUUGUGACUUUUUAUAUUUACAUCACUCUAAUUUGUAUCAUACAACAAUUAUAGUCCUACAGUAAUUUGCAGUCUUACAGUAACUGCUGGACCAAACAACUACAAUAAAGUACCAAUUUAGACUCUCACUACAAUCAAGGAAAUGGACAAUGACCAAUUCCUUAAAUACAAAGAUUAGGUACUUGAAGGAAUGCUUGUUUUAUUGUCUGUUUUCCUGUGCAAAGUGUAAUUAUGUGUAUAAAAAAAGAACCGAAAGAAUCCGAUGCAGAUUUGUACAAAUUAUGCUGUACAUUUUCUGUGGAUGUCUAGCGCCUUCACCCUUCAGCAAACUUCCUUGCCUUGUUCAGUCUCUUAACACUUGUUUUCAUUGUCACUUAUUUAUGUUCUAAGCAAGCUUGUACAUGGUGCACGACUAUUCCUUUAGUAAAUGUCUUUGGUCCUACAUGUACAGUUACAAUUGUUUGUGCAAGUGCCAUAAAAACAAAAUGUUUAACACAUAGCAUUUCUAAUAAUCAAGCUUGCUCUCCACAGGUUUCAACAUUCUGGACUGGUCAGAAUGGGAAAAUAUGUCUUAUAUCUUCCCCGUCAUGCAGACAUGUAUUCAUGUUCUAAAGAAAAACCUUCAGUAACUGCUUUAUCCUGGUUAUAGAUGUGGUGGAUCCAGAGCCAGGAACAAUGAGCAUGAGGCUGGAAUAAACCCUGGAUGGGACAUUAGUCAUAUACUCAUUAACACAUAGUCAUAGCAUUCCUGUUAGCAGCAUGAGAAGUGCAAGGAAAACAGUGAGCCUAUUGGAAACCCUCAUGGAUAGUGGGAUAGCGUGCUGAGAAACUCCACACAGAGAGCUCAGGAUCAAACCCUGAGUGGCCCUGGAGCUGUGAGGCAGCAACAGUAUUCACUGAGCAACAGCUUCCCAAACCCUCUUCCUGGAGUACUUCCUGUCUUGCACAUUGCAGUGUUUUAGCUGCUCCCAGCACAUCUUAUUCAGCUGAUCAGCUAAUUAUCAGUUGAAGUGGAUGUGUUAAAGCAGGGGAAAUACUAAAAUGUGUAGCCUGUGCCUUAAGGAAUUACUCUAGUCUCGAACGUGAACACCAGUGCUUGUUCUUCACAGCUUCUUGGCUCUCAACUCGUAUAUCUUCUCUCUGCCAAAGCUUUCCAGAUCUGGGAUUUGACUUAUCAGCCUUAUAUGAUCUUAAAUGCUGUGCUCCAUGUCAACCAGACCCUUACUUAAUUGUGCUUGACCUCCAAUUUUAGUUUAACCACUGUGAAAUCAUGUGUAUGUACUGUGCUCAGUGAUAAGGACCAGAACACAUUUUGAGAUUGGCCUUUACUCUCUCACUUAACUGUAGGAUUUACUGGCUCUCUCUGACUGCCUCUCUGUCCUGUGGAGCCAUGUUACAAUUACAAGCGAUUUCACAGUCCAUUUCCUUCCCUUUGUUUUGAAAACAAGCUCUGGCAUUAGUUUGAUAGCAGAAUGUUUUCGAGGUGCAAAAUUGCCUUUCGGCUCCAGAGAUUAGCUUUACUCCUUUUGGGUCGAAAAUCCACGAUCUCUGUGCCAACUUUGCUCGGCUGCUCACUCUGCUUUGCGUUAAGCUUUGUAAUGCUUCAAACCUGGGAGGUCCACAAAGGUGGCAAGACACUUUAUGCUAAUCCAGAUAUAGGCCUUUAAUGCACACAAAUUACAGAUGAUUUCAGGCUUGCAAGCCUAUUUAUGGUUAAACUAGUCUGAGUUACUGUUCAAAAGGCAAAGUUUCCAAGCAUCAAAAGAGUAAAAACCAGCUAUUAGCAAAUAGGCAUGCUUCCUGUGAUGCUAAAAUAAAUUCUCCCCAAAUACCUAAGUCCAGUUUGGUAUAGCAACAGCACUUUCCUGAUUUUUUUAUCUUCAGAAUUUCCUAGAUAUACAAAUAAAUGACAAUUUUGAGAAGCAUAAAAGUGUGUUAAAAAGGGUGUUGGGCCACCAGAAUAGCUUCAGUGCACCUUGGUAUUGAUUCUGCAAGUCUCUGGAGCUCUACUCUAUCAGUGUACACACUUCUUCCAACAUUUAUUUCCUCAUUAAGUGUUUUGAUGAUAGUUGUAAUGAGCACUGACUAAAAUCUCCUAUAUGUUUCUGGUUCAGCUGAGCUGGGCUGGUGACUCUGAAGUUUCCUUACAGGACAAACGUGAUCAGUCAGAAGAACUUUGUAUUGAUUUGCAGUCUUUCAUCUAAAGGGAAAACUGAAUGCAAAUCAUGCCAGCAAAAUAAAUUGUGCCCACAGCACAAUGGAGACACCGCUUUCAUUUGUCAUGUGAAUAUCUUUGGCCAUAUAGGCAAGAGCGCCAUCUACAGCCACCUGCUUUUACAAAUCGCAGCCCAGAAUAGGUGCCGUUUGUAGUGCAGUUUUCAUCAUAGCCUAUGUAUACACACAUUCGUCUAAAUGUUCAGGUAUUUAAAAAAUAAUUUACUGUAUAGGAUAUUCAUACAUAUUUUCCUAGGAACAACAGUAAGAGGAAUCUUUCAAUUAGGUGGUUGAUAAAGGCAUGCUGCUGUAGGUGGUGCUCUUGGUUAAAUCUUGUUCCUGUUGUGUGUGUGUGUGUGUGUGUGUGUCUCAAGGGAUUUAGGUGAGUCUGUAAAACCCCAUAACAAACAUAGCAUGCCUGUAGGUGAUACAGUGACGUUUGGUUAAUUCCGUACAUACAGAAUCUAUUUUUUCCUUCAUGUUCAUGUUCAGCACAACGGUUACAGUAAUGUUCCUGUUUUGUACAUGUUUACAUUUCCACUUGUCCAUGCUGAAUGUGUUUUGAAGACGUUGUGCACUGACACUAGAGAUUCCCUCCACAUAACCAAAUAAACCUUUGAUUUUGUUGGUUAUUGAGGUAGUAACCUGAAUGCAAACUGACUCAGACGUGUUUUCAGUUAACGUUAAUUCUGUUUUAAUCCGUGUGUUAUUUAAUCAAUUCGGUACUAUUAACGAUGCCCAACUAACAGAAACUGUGUGCCACGUGUAAUAAUACAGUGUGUAUUUAUACGCUCUCUAAAUGAUUUGUUUUUAAAUGACUUGAGGUGCCACUUAAACUAUAAUUU